UGACAGGUUACAGGCAGGGGUCACGUGAGUGUCUAACCCCACCCACAGCCACCUGACUGGCGUCACGUGAGCGCAUGCCUCGAGAACGCGCCUCCCGGUCCACGUGCACGCGCUUCAACCGAGCGAGGCUAGCUGUUAGCUCUGUCUACUAGACGGCCGACAUGAGUUUCCUGGGGGGUUUGUUCGGGCCGGUGUGUGAAAUUGAUGUCCUGCUCAACGAUGCCGAGAGCCGGAAGAUGGCUGAACUCAAGACAGAAGAUGGAAAGAUGGAGAAACAUUAUAUGUUCUACGACGGAGAAUCUGUGGCUGGCAAGGUCAAUCUAAAUGUGAAGCAGGGUGGAAAACGACUGGAGCACCAGGGCAUUCGCAUUGAGUUUGUUGGACAGAUUGAGCUUUUCUCAGACAAAAGCAACACCCACGAAUUUGUGGAUCUGGUGAAAGAGUUGGCAUUGCCGGGAGAGCUUGCUCAGAACAGAAGCUACGACUUUGAGUUCAUGCAGGUGGAGAAGCCCUACGAGUCGUAUACCGGCGCGAACGUCAGAUUAAGAUAUUUUCUAAGGGUGACGAUAGUUCGUCGACUGUCAGAUCUGGUGAAGGAGUACGAGCUGAUCGUCCACCAGCUGGCCACCUACCCAGACGUCAACAAUUCUAUUAAAAUGGAGGUCGGCAUUGAAGACUGCCUUCAUAUUGAGUUUGAAUACAAUAAAUCGAAGUACCACCUAAAGGAUGUAAUUGUUGGGAAGAUUUACUUCCUGCUGGUUAGGAUCAAAAUCCAGCACAUGGAGCUGCAGCUCAUUAAGAAGGAGAUAACAGGCAUAGGUCCGAGUACGACAACGGAAACUGAUACGGUAGCCAAGUAUGAGAUCAUGGAUGGUGCACCAGUUAAGGGAGAAUCAAUUCCAAUUAGACUCUUUCUUGCAGGAUAUGACUUGACAGCCACUAUGAGGGACGUCAACAAGAAGUUCUCUGUACGCUACUUCCUUAAUCUUGUGUUAGUUGACGAAGAAGAUAGAAGAUACUUUAAGCAGCAGGAGAUUGUUUUGUGGAGGAAAGCUCCAGAAAAGAUGAGGAAACGGAACUUCCACCAGCGCUACGAGUCCCCCGAUUCACAAACUCAGCCGGUUAGUGCUGAGCAGCCAGAAAUGUGAGAGCUUGCAAGGCCACGAACUGAAAGAAUCACACACAGCCGGACUGUUCACUGCUGAGCGGUCAGAGAUGUGGCAACUGCGCCGCUCUCUGCUCGGAUCGUAUACAUGAACACACAGAAUGAUUCAUCUCCCCCUCAUGCUCAAACGUGAGCUGCCUGUGGAAUGCUUGAUGACACGCUGACAUGAAAAGGGCAAAGAUGGCAACUGCUUACACCUUUUUGCUAACUGGAUUUUUUUUUUUUUUUUUUUUUGCUCGCAUCUACAGUGGAACCAUCCACUGCUGUUGUUUUGUUUUUGAUGGACACACAAACUGUGCUCUUACAAUAUGUGACAUUUUAACUACAAUGACACUACGACACUAUUGUUCAGAAAUCUUGUCGGAAGACACCGGCCCUAAUAAGUAUAGCAUAUAAAAAGCUGCUCGUUCUUCGGAGAUGUUGCCUGCGUUUGGAACUGAAAAACAAAUGCCUAACAUUUUUUUUUUUCUCAAUGUAGACAUACAGCCAUACAAUGUAAUAAUUCAAGUCUACUGUUGCAACAAAUGCACAUCCCCUAAAAUCUACCUGUAGUUCACUGUGAUGCUUUGGUUUAGACAUUGAAACGGUUAUAUGGUGUCAGCAAACCCACUUGUUGGGGAAUUAGCCCUCGAGUUCUUUAUUGCACUUUUUGUCAUUAAAAGGUGCUAAAUUGUCCACUUUAGCUACAAUGGGAAACUCAAAUGUCAUUUAUAUACUGCAUUACAACAUAUUUUAAUUGAAUUAUUGUUUAGACUCUUUCAUGUGGAAAAAAAAACCUUGACUCCGCAAGUUUCAUAGAUUUUGAAACAAUCACAUCCAUGUUUGUGUCCUCACUCAACAACAAUGUAAGAAUAGUGUGUGUUUGUACAGUAUAUACAUUAAACCGUUAAAUACUAAAAGAAUCACGAAUAAAGCAAAUUUAUAUUGACAAUAUAUUGAGUUG